ACGAAGCACCAGUUGUCAUCUGUGAAAGUUGUGGCGGAAAGUCGUGUUACAUUCACAAAGUUAUUUGGCACACGGGUAAAACUUGCGAAGAAUACGAAAAGGACAAGAAACAAUCGGACUUUGCUACCGAAGACUAUAUUUCACUAAAUGUGAAGAGAUGUCCUAAAUGUUUAAUGCCUAUCGAGAAAAGUAGAGGAUGUGAUCAUAUGACUUAUAAUAAUAAUAAUAAUCCAAUUAUUAUUACCAUUUCCAGAAGAAACAUAACAAAUAAUAAUAAUAAUCGACAAAAUUAUUAUCAAAAUAAUUAUCAAAAUAAUUAUCAAAAUAAUCAAAAAAAUAUUUUCAAAAAUCCAAUCUCUACUGAAGAUUUGGAUGCACUUUUACCUCACGAACAUCCACCUUCAAUUUCAUAUUUUACUGCUCGACCUACAUAUAAUGAUUUAUUUAUAAAUUUAGAUGAUUUAAUAAAUAAAUAUAAAAAAUAUCCUAAGAAACAACAACAACAAAUUUUUGAAGCCAAGGUAGAUGAUUUAGAUAAAUUGAAUCAAUUGGCACAAAUCAAUCCGGAAUUAACACCUCGAUUACAAGAUUUUUUGGUCAUAUUUAAAAGGAGGGAUUUAGAGAAGGCCAAAAAAGAAUUACAAGCCAAUAAAACGUUGGAUCAAUUUGGUAGAGCGUACGCAGUGGGUCGAAGGAAAAAAUCGGUGGCACAUGUUUGGUUGGUUCGAGGGCAAGGACAUGUACUCGUCAAUGGAAUUCCAUUAGCCAAUUAUUUUAAAUUGUUAAAAGAUAAAAAUUAUGUUUUAAAGCCUUUUCAGGUUACUAAUUUAUUGGGAAAAUUUAAUGUUUGGAUUAGAGUUAAGGGAGCGGGUGCAAUAGUGAAUGGACUUUCCCAAUGUUUACUUAUACAUGAUAUAAAUCUUAAACCGAUUUUAAGAAAGGGCUAG